AUGGAGGGCGGCGGCGGGUACCCGAUCGGGUUCCGGUUCAAGCCCAAGGAGGACGAGCUCGUCGACUACUACCUCCUCCCCAGGCUGCAGGGCCGCCCGGCCGUGCCCAACGGCUCCGUCGUCGAGGCCAACGUGUACGCGUGCCACCCGGAGACGCUGAUCAACGAGCACAGGGGCGCGGGGCGGCAGGACGAGUGGUACUUCGUGUCGCCGAGGGCUCGCAUGUACGGCAACGGCGUGCGGCCGGCGCGGAAGACGCGGGACGGCCGCGGGCGGUGGAAGGCGUCCACGGCCACCAAGGAGGUGGCCCAGGUGGUGGUCCGCAACGGCGUCAAGUUCUGCAAGAGCGUGCUCAACUACUUCGAGGGCAACCCCAAGAAGGAGACCAGAACCAAGUGGAUCAUGCUCGAGAUCACCGUCCCCGAGUACGAGGUCAAGCUCGACAGGCCCGGCGCAAGGAACAUUUUGGACGAGUACGUCAUGUGCAAGAUUUACGUGUCCCCGCAGCACAAAAAGAAAAGCGACGACGACGACGAUGACGACGUGGAAGGCACCAGCUCGGCGUGCGAGGAGGGGGAAGAAGCCUGCUCCUCCACGCAGCACGGCCAGGUCACGGCGGAGCCCGACUUGUCAGAUAAGCAAGCCGGCAAGCGGCCCAUGGUCGAGCAGCCGCUGCAGCCCGCCCGGAAGCAGGCCCGCCGAGGGAGCCUAAGCAUUGGGUCCACGCAAUCGAGCUGCUCCACCAGCAACGCCGCCGCCCCGACGGGACUGUGCUACGGUGGUGGACCGGGCGCACAGUAUGGCCUGCAGCUGCAGCCCCCAGCGACGAUGCAGCGCCCGGCAGGCGCACACAGCGGCCAGGCGCCAGCGACGCCGCCGGCCGGCGCGUGCGGUGGCCGGGGACUUGGAGGGCAGAUGCCAGCGCUAAGGCCGGUGAUAUAUCAGCCGUUCUCGGACCUGACCGGUGCCCCCUUGGGCCAGAUGGAGAUGGCGACGGUGACGCGGCCUCCGAACCCGGCGGCCAGGCGGCCGAGCUUCCCGGGGAGCCCGCCGCCGCGGAGCCCGGGGGCGGCCUCCAUCUUCAGGCCGCAGGUGUCCCUGAAGUGCUUCUACGACCAGAACUACCGAGCCGUGCCGCAACCGCCGGCCCACGCGUUCUCGGCGCAGCUGCAGAGGCAGGACGCGUUCCUGCCGCCGCAGCAGAUGCAGCCUUUCUUCAUCGGCGACGCCAGCCGUCGCGCGGGGGCCGCCGCGAUCCCUCGCGGCCCGCCUUACAACGGACACCCUUAUUACCAGCCGCGCGGGUCGUUGACGCCGGCGGCGGACGGUCGCGGUGGAGCAGCGAUCGCGGGGACCGGCGCGCCGCGCCUCAACGUCAAUGCAGAGCAAUAUUUUGUGGAUCUGGCCACGAUCAAUCCGUUCCUCGCCGAAGGGUGUACGCAGCGGGCGCCGGCGCCGGCCCGCCUGGUCGACUCAUCCUCGCCCACGCCCGUGCCGGCCGGUGCUGCGGAAGUGGAAACCGAGACGGGGGCAACGUCAGGCUUGAACACGCACGACGCCGCCGCUUAG